AUGAAGAGCAAAACUCUUCUAUUAUUUCUUUUGUUUCUUUUUUUCAGGCUUAUCCCAUGUGUAGCUUCGCUGACUUCUUUAAACAACUCAAAAACGGACGAUCAAUCAAUAGUAAAACAAUGGUGGGGCGAAUGGGAUGAGUUUAAUAUAGAGUACCGUAACGGCGAUUUGUGGACAUAUGACAAAACAAAUGAUUACCGUGGGUGGUACAUGGACUUAACAAUCACAUCCAAAGACUCAGAAAAUUUUAUCAUCACAAAUGAGUGUUGCGGCAAAGAUCGUAACAACCGGUCAAACAACUUUUUCACGUUCCACAACACUUACACGCCCUAUUACUACAAAAAUUUCGAUUUUUCGAAUGUGAUUGAAACAGACAAAGGAAGAGAGACACUUAAUAUGACAUUUCUCACAACAGUCAAAGGAGUGACGCACUACUACUUCACCACCGGUGAGAUGCUUGAUGGAUCGACCUUCAAUUUUGGAGGUCGGUCUGUGAUUCCAGCCGGGUCUGCUUUACAAUUUGAUGUCUAUGCCAAAAAGAUGUAUAUUCAUGUCAUAGAAGGAUACUACGAAAUCAUUCAAUUGGGAUUGAGAAUCACCCCAAUACCCCUAAUCAUCGUGUAUGGAAAUUCAACAGUAAGACCCGUCUUAUAUAACGAUUUUGAAGGCGUUCUUUAUUUCUUUGCUUUUGGUGAUGAGUUACCAGAAACAGGAGAUGUGAUAUCCAGUAUUAAUAACCCCAAACGCUUGUACUCGACAUAUAAAAUUUGUAACAUUGAACGUCGUGCUCGUGUUGUCAUAGCACAAAGUGGACAAAAUCUUAUAGAAGAUUGUACGUGCACGUACUCAAAUUUCGAGUAUUUAAAUUCUUAUGUGGAUUGUUAUGAAUUGAGUAAGUAUCGGAUUUUUAAUAUCUCAGCUUCACAAGACUCUUUGCCCGACCAACAAGACUGGAACUCUUUUGUAAUCAACGAAGACGUUUCAUUGACUCUUCCUAAAACAAAUCACCUCAAUUUCUAUGGCGACCAAACGCUUCCACAACACUCAUUUUACUUCUCCGGUGCAAUCAAUUUCCAAAAAAUUAUUAUACAAAAGUCCACAGCAUACUACGACUUGGGAACUUUUACUUUGUCAGCUGUCACCAUAUCAAGUGACGUUGAUAACGACGCUGUACUCUUUCGAGGCAUUGCGCGCGAUAGUGAUCACAUCGCGUCUCUUGGGAUCUCAGAAGAAAAAUGUGGAGACAAGACCCACCGAUUUGUACAACAGACCUCGAACAUUGGGUGUAAUUGCACACAAUAUAGUGACGGUUCUUUUAUUCAAUUUGACUGCGACGAUGCAACGAAACGGCCACAAGACAAUUUACUCAAUUUGAAUUUGACGUAUAGCUAUGAUGGUGGCAAUCAGAGGAGGUAUUGGGGUUCAAUAUUUUCUGUCCUUUCAUCAUCGUCAUCAAAUCCUGAAGAGGAACUUGCCAUUUCAGGUUCAGAAAUAUUUGUCACAAAUUUAUGUGAUUUUAAUGGCACCCAUAACUUGAGAAUCAAAGGUUCGUUGAUGUGCAGUGAGUUGAUUAUAGGAGGAGAAACCCAUAUAGUCGUGGACGAGGGUGCGACACUGAGUUUCAACAAACUGACUAUUAUUGGCGAAAUACCCGAUAAUUUGAAUAAAAAGGCUCUCAUUGAAGUGAAAGGCACGUUAGGUAUUACUUCUGCAAUAUCAGUGGACUUCGACGCAGUUACUUCAAAUAAUUGUUUUGAAUUUGCAACAUCAGACUAUCAAUUUGAUAUCAGUCUCAACUCGUUGAAAACGCUCACAAGAGGAAUUUUCGUUUAUAACAAACUCCUUAGAAUCUGUAAAUUGGAUACUAUUAAUACAAAUGUUGACUGUGAAAUCAAAGACAAUCAAUAUGGCAAGUUCGAGUUUCAACAGUGUCCAUGUUCUUCUAGUGACAAAAAUACUUUUAAUUGUAAUGUGUUCACUAAUAACAACCAAAUCGAUUUUUCCAAAAAUCAACAAUUAACAGGAGCAACACUUGUCGUUAAAAAGGAUAUCACAAUACUCAACAUCAAGUCAAUUGAACGUUUGAGUACAAGUGGAGAUAUAACUCUCGAGAUUCAAAGCGCGAGUUCUGCUACAAUUGAAAAUAUGGUAUUUAAUGACGUAAGUCCUCUUAUUGUCUCAAAGUGUGAUUUGGAAGUAUAUGACACUGUUGGAUUCAAAUAUAAACCAUCGCAAAAAUUGACAUUUUCAAGUGAGUCAACCAUCAUAGCAGACUUAUACGAAGAACCGACGUCAUCUCUUGUACUGAGCGCAUCGGUAAAGAGUCUUUCGUUAAAAGCACUCUCACAAUCACAGAAUAAGACAACACCACUCUUCUCAAUGAAAUCCACCUCAGAUGUUUUAACUGUGAUGUUACUCCCAACAACUUCUAAUGUCGAUAGAAUUAUUUUAAAACGACUUUCCAGAGAAAUUGAAAUAACCCCAUCAAAGAAGUCGGAGUAUUUGUUCGAGUGCAGUGGACAAGCACUCAUCGUGUAUAACAAUCCAUCAUCCCCCUCUUCCUGUGCAACUUUGGGGUUGUUGUAUCGUUCGUGUUUUGCAUGUGGUUCUGGGUGUUAUAAUAACGAAGAAGCUUUGAGAGACUACUCUUGCCCAUGUUUACAGACAGAGAGUCAGUGUGUUAUUCAAUUGGAUGGUAAUCAAUUUGACCCAACGAACGACCUUACUUAUCUGGUCACACAAGACACUUCCUUCGUCUCGACGACCUAUUUACGAAAUUUCAAAAUUGUUUCUUCGACAAACCAAAAUGUUAUAACAAUCAACGGAUGGAACAUGUUUGUCAGAGUUCUUGGUCUUGAAGGGUUGAAGAUUACUGUGGCCAACGGAAAGUACGACACACUUUCCGUACAAGGUCGCUUUGGGUUUGUUAUACCAUCAAACACAUUUACAAACAAGUUAAAAAGUGCUUCAAAUCACACGAAAAGUACUUUCAAAAGUGAAGACUACGUGACGUUCACAAUUUCAUCAAAAGAGUAUUGCACCGACGUGUUGAUUGGCGGUUCGAUACAGUGUAUUCGGUGUGGUAAUACUUCACCAAACUCAAAUGGUCUUUGCAACCAACGAGGUCUUAAAGACAAUUGUAACAAGUAUGACACUGAUGGAUAUUGUUCCGAAUGUGAUGAAGGGUUCUAUCUUAAAGGUGACAAAUUCACUAACAUUCUCUGUGCGACGUGUGCAAGUGUUGAUGCAAAUAACUGUCUGAAGUGCACAAGUCGGGGAAAGUGUUUGUUGUGUAAAGAUGGUUAUAGACUCACCAAUAACAAGUGUGAAGCUGUAGUCAAUUGUGCUGGGUAUGUUUUGGGUGCGUGUCGUAUGUGUUCCGAGGGGACUUAUUUAUCUGCUGGUGAAUGUGGCGAGAAUUGUAACACUGAUUGUUCAGUUUGCUCAAGUUCGACGAGUUGCCAAGUUUGUGACGCAGAAAGUAAAUAUUUUAUAAAAAGCGAUUUGACGACAUGUAAGACGGAUAGCAACGCCAUUACAGUUGGCUAUAAUAAUGUACUUUCUUGUAUAAAUGGAUUUGUAGUUACCAAUGGAACAUGUCAAUCGUGUACACCAAAUUGUGAGAUGUGUGUGCGUGAUCAAUGUAUAAAGUGUGCUGGAGGGUUUUCUUUGGUGUCUGGUGUCUGUCAAACUGUUUCCAAAUGUUUACUUGUGAGUGAGUCGAAAUGCAAACGGUGUGAUAUAAAUUAUUAUGUUACAUCAAGUGGUUCUUGUGGGCUUUGUAGCAAUAUCAAUUGUAUUCAUUGUCGUGAUAACACGAGUAAUUCAUGUGAGCUCUGUUCAGACACAACGAGUCUGCUCAAUGGAGAUUGUUUUACGAUCAGUGAGGAUGUAUUCCCCCAUUGUUCAUUUUUCAAGAAUGGGGAAUGUCAGUCUUGUGAUGUUGGGUACGUUUUGAUCAAAGACGAGUGUAAACCCUGUACGUAUCCGUGUCUUUCGUGUUAUGGAACACAAACAAACUGUCUUUCAUGCGACAGUACGCACUUUUUACAAAACACGAGUAGUGUCACAAACAUCUGUUAUGAUCUUUCCAUCUUAAAAGAGACGUGCAAAGUACCAAUAGGGCAGAUGGGGUGUGCUGUUUGUAAAGAUAGUUAUUAUGUUGAGAACAAUGUUUGCAAGGAUUGUACCGCAAAUUGCAUACAGUGUCACUUUAACACCUCAUGUGAGAAAUGUGAUGAGAACUAUUUCUUGUAUCAAAACGAUUGUAAGUCGUAUGAAGAGUUGACAAAUUGUGAAUUAAAAACCAAUAUUGGCUGUGCCAAGUGCACUGAUGGUUAUUUCGUGCAGAAUCAAUUUUGUACUCCAUGUCAUUUAAAAACAGACAAUUGUGCUACGUGUGGGUCUGGGAGUUGUGAUAGUUGUGAGACUGAUUAUAUUCUCACAUUAAAGCAUUGUGUCUAUUUGAAAGACGUUUCUCAAUGUUUAGAAGUGACGAGUUCGAAGUGUACGCGAUGCUCGUUUUGGUAUUCUGUGUCGGACACGGGGUUGUACUGUGAAAAGGCUGUUGUAUGGUGGGUUAUUCUCUUAAUAGUUCUCUUCUGUGUCCUUUUCAUCGCUCUUUUCGUUAUAUUAGUGAUGUUCUUAACGCUUUUUGUCAUGCGGAAGACAAUGAAGAACAAGCGUCCCGACAAUGUGAAUUAUUUCUACAUGCGAGAUACUGCCAUCCGUUUUGAGAGCAUUGGUCGUAGUUUCCUUGUUGUCGACAAGAAGGUUCUUCAGUUUGCGUUGACCAAUGACAAUGAAGUAGCUAUCCCCGUCGGUAAAGUUGCAGAAGAAAAGAUCUGCCUUGGCAACACUGGUAAAGAAAAGUUGAAAGUUCAGUUCACAACCAAAGAGGAUGACAUUGCCAAAUUUAUAUUAGAGAUAUAUCCUGAAAUGGCGGUCUUAAAAAGUGGAGAGGCGUGUGAAUUCCAAGUGAAACUGACCCCACAGUGUACCUGUAAGAUCAACGAGAAGCUUCAAAUAGUUUCCGUUGAUUUAAGAAAAGGUGUAAAUAACACGGACGAAAUAGUAAUAGAGACGGAGACACAGAUGUCGACUCGACUUGAUUAUGACGAGCUGAUACUUGAUAAGCAAAUAGGUGAAGGAAGUUUUGGGACAGUCUAUAAAGGGAUGUUCAGAAACAAUCCCGUUGCUAUUAAAAUUAUGAAAAUCCCCGAUGAUACUGACGCAAUGGAAGAAUUUGAGAAGGAAGUUGCGAUGUUAGACAAAUUCCGGAGUGACUUUGUCGUCCAUUUUUAUGGCGCUGUGUUUAUUCCAACAAAGACGUGUAUGGUCACUGAAUUUGCGAAAUAUGGGAGUUUGAUGGCGAUGUUUACAAAGAAAAAGAAACUUGAUUAUUAUCUGCGAGUGAAGUUGAUGAUUGACUCUGCAAAGGGAAUACAAUACUUACACACCAAUGGUAUAAUGCAUCGAGACAUUAAGUCGGACAAUAUCUUAGUGUUUUCUGUCGAUAAAGGGAUUCUUGUGAAUGGCAAGUUGACUGACUUUGGUUCAUCGCGGAAUAUCAAUAUGAUGCGAAGUAACAUGACCUUCACAAAAGGUAUUGGAACGCCUAUGUACAUGAGUCCUGAAAUCUUGGAUCAGUCCAAAUACAGUGAGAAAGCAGACAUCUUCUCGUUUUCCAUAGUCAUGUUUGAGAUCUUCCAUUGGGGAAAUCCAUAUUCAAAAGAUAAGUUCCCAUUCCCUUGGAAUAUCGCAGAGUUUAUCUCACAAAACAAACGAUUAAGUAAACCAUCAGACAUGCCAGAUUGGCUUUUCGAUUUGAUCGCAGCCUCAUGGGAUCAAAAUCCUUCGCAACGGCCACACAUCAAUUCGAUUGUUAAUACCCUUCAGGAUAACUUGCCUGACUGGACUAAGAAUAAAUAA